AUGGAGAAACGCACUUUGGGAGAUUCUCGUGCCACCAACAACCAGGUCGAGAACUUCAAUGUAGUGACCAGCGAGUCUCCAUGGCUGGACAGGAAACUCAAACCCAGAACUUAUAAGGCUCGGUACCUCUUUACCGGAAAGCCGCUUUUAUGGAUGACCUGCCUUUUCGGGAGCUUGGGAGAUGCACUUUUUGGUUAUGAUCAAGGUAUCGUCUCUGGGCUGCUGGUGAAUCCGGUGUUUGUGAGACGAUUCUUCAGUGAGCAUGGUGGCGAGGAAGGCGACGCUGCAUUUGUCGACCCAAGCAUUACUGGUAUCACCGUUGCAUGUCUACAACUGUCAGCCGCUAUAGGCUCCAUAACUGCAGGACACCUGGGUGAUGUCAUCGGCAGAAAAAGAUGUGUUGCGAUUGGUGGAUUCAUCUACUUCGUCACCGCUUUCAUUCAGGCUUUCGCCCCCAAUCUCGCAUGUUUCAUUGCUGGUCGAACGAUUCAAGGCCUGGGUGUUGGUUUCCUCUCUAUGACAGUGCCUAUUAUACAAACCGAAAUCGCUGCUCCUCACAGGAGAGGUUUAAUGGUCGGAGUCGAGUACACCUUCCUUAUUGGUGGUUAUAUGCUUUCCACCUGGGUCGACUAUGGCUUCUACUUCCUACUUCCAAACAACUCAUCUUGGCAGGGGCCAUAUUUCGUCCAAAUGGGUCUGGCUUUCAUUCUCCUGUCUAUGUCCUUCGUGUUGCCAGAGACACCACGUUGGUUGGCUCGAAAUGGCUUCAUGAAGGAAAGUUUGCAGACGGUGGCCGAUCUUCACUCCAAAGGUGACAUUCACGCUGAAAAUGUCCAACGCGUGUUUAUGGAAAUCCAACAGGCUGUUCGUUAUGAACAGACUUUAGGUCAAUCCAGCUGGAAGGAAAUGUUCACACGCUAUCGCAAGCGUACCAUCGUAGGUAUUACAGCUCAAAUGUUUGCCCAGCUCAACGGUAUCAACAUCAUCUCCUUCUAUCUACCAAGUACACUCGCAGCGGCUGGAUUCAGCACGGAGAGGUCCCUCCUGUACACCGCAGCCAAUGCCCUGCCUUAUACCGCGGCAACAAUAGUCGUCUGGUGGCUCGCUGAUCGAUGGGGUCGACGUCCACUCCUCAUCUUAGGAGGUAUCGCCUUGGCCAUCGCGCUAGGUAUCAUGUGCGCCUUCACCGAAGCUGACCUCGAUGUUCAAACCAGAGCAAACGGCAUCUACGCAUUCGUUGUCCUCUACAACGCAACCUACGGUUUCACCUGGGGUCCUAUGCCCUGGCUUCUGCCCGCCGAGGUCUUCCCGCUCCGAAGUCGUAGCAAAGGUAUGGCCCUCGCAACCUGCAGUAAUUGGGUCUUCAACUUCAUCAUCGGUAUGUCUUAUCCCGAUGCUUUCGCCGGCAUUGGCGGCUACUACUACAUCAUCAUAUCCGGCUUCUGUCUGUUCUCGACUGGACUGGCGUACUUCUACUACGUCGAGACGGCGAACCACACGCUUGAGGAGAUUGCCAUCGCAUUCGGUGACAAGGCCUUCGUGGAGAACGAUGACGAGAUCAUCGCCAAUGCACGGUUGAGCGUGGCGGGAUAUAACGACUCACGCAAGAACUCGGCUGCCGCGGUCUAG